CAGCCCUGAUCUUUACUCGUGCCACCAUUUCAUCAGCAUGAGAUUACUGCUUUCAAAGAAAUGGCUUCUAAGAUAAUUGUUAUUGGAGGCAUCCAUUCUGCGUUCAAGGAGGUUUUCGGCAAACUGCAAAAGCUUCAAGCAAAGCAAAACUUUUCGUUUGCCCUGGUAAUCGGUGACUUAUUUAAGGGAGAUUCCGAUACCAGUGACGAAGAACUUUCUGCCCUUUUGCGGGGCCAAAUUGCUGUGCCUUUGCCAACUUAUUUUACAGUUGGCAGCCAUAGAAUCCCUCAGGCUGUUAUUGAAAAACUAGAGAAAGACGACGAAGUUUGUCCAAAUCUAUACUUCUUAGGGAGACGAGGCGUCCUCACAUCAUCUGAAGGUGUCAAGAUUGUGGCGCUUGGCGGUAACUGGGAAUCAGCGGCGACUCCCGUUGCUGGAGUGAAUGAGAAAUAUUUGCCGCAAUACACGGAUUUUGACUGCAAAUCAUUAUACAAGACAGAAUAUGCGGACAUUCUUAUCACUAAUCAGUGGCCGAAGUCCGUCCAGAGCGGAUCAAAGGUCAGUGUGUAUGAAACACGUCCAGUCGAAGGGGUUAAAUGCCUUGCCGAUCUAUGUUCCAUCCUGAAGCCACGAUAUCAUUUUACUUCGCAUGAAUCCUUCUUUUAUGAGCGUGAGCCAUUCUUUCAUGUACCCGCAGAGGAUGACUCUGGAUUGAAGUACGUCACAAGGUUUCUCAAUUUGGCUCCCUUCAACACGUCAAAACAGAAAUGGAUGUAUGCCUUCAAUUUGGACCCGAAUGCUCCCCCUUCCACAUCUCUCCCAGCGGCAGCCACGAUAACGCCGUUUCUGAACGCUCCAAAGAAAAGAGAGCCCAUCCAAGAACAAGGCGAGGUUUUUAGCCGCUUUUCACAAAGCGAUGAUUACCAUCGACCCAGGAAACGAGCGAAGAGAUCAGCCCCGGACCAAUCAGAAUGCUUCUUCUGUUUAUCAAAUCCAAACAUUGCGACUCAUCUCAUUACGUCGAUUGGCACCGACUCUUAUCUCACAAUCGCGAAAGGCCCAUUGACAACGGCUGGUACCUUUCCUAAACUUGGCUUUCCAGGCCACAUACUGAUUAUUCCAUUAACCCACGCGGCAACAUUUUCAGCCAUGGGCGAUCCGGACACCACAAAGACAACUUACGAUGAGAUGCAAAGAUACAGGUCUGCCCUCCAUUCCAUGCUAGAGGAAAGAUCAAACGGAGAAUUGGGUUCUGUUACGUGGGAAGUGAGUCGCAGUGGUGGUGUCCACAUCCAUUGGCAAUUUCUUCCUGUACCGUCGAGCCUAAUCUUCCGCGACCUUCUGGAAGCCGCGUUUAAGGUGGAGGCUGAGGACCUGAACUACCCUAAAUUUGAGAAGCAGACUGUUGAAACUGCACCAUCGAGUCAGGGUGAUCAUUUUAGAGUAUGGAUACGUGGACCGGGGAGAGGCUCAGAGCGAGAGAGUGGAUCAUCUCUUGAGACGGUACUGACAAUGCCCCUCUCUGGAAAGUUUCGAUUUGAUCUCCAGUUUGGACGAAUUGUGAUGGCGAAGCUUCUUAGGCUCGAAGACCGGAUCAACUGGAGGGAUGCCACACAACCGCAAGACGAAGAAACAGCCGACGCAGAAGCUUUCAAAUCUGCAUUUAAAAGUUUUGACUUUUCACUUGAAGAAUGAAGCCGCCCGUCCUAUGGAGCUACCGGCCCUUCAUAGAGCCGCAAAACCGCUUGCUGUGAGCCUACUGGUAAGCAGCGGGAUACAGUUCUCGAUUUGUAACCGUCUUGCCCGUGCCGAGUGGGAGACGGAGAGCCGAUAUUCGUCACAUUUAUACCACGUUCUACUUUGGGGUUGGAUCUUGUAUUAUAUCUACAGCACCGUAUGCAUUACUUCAUAUGUCCCUAGGUCAUUAUUUAUUGGGGCUUUC